AACCGGAAGUAGUUAUGCAUACACAUUAAAGGAUAAAAUAGUUCACAAACAUAUUGUCACAUUUAUUAAUAUUAAAUCGCAAAAUAAAUUGUUAAACGUAUUUAAACAUUUUUAAUGUUGUGUUAUCAUACUCUACGGAUACAGUGGAUUCUAUAAAAUAUAAACAUUUGUACCCGAGAACAGUCUCCUCGAUAAUUUAGUAAUUUCGGGAAAUUUUUAUCCUAUAUAGGAAGAAUAAAAUAUGCGCAGCGAUUUAAUAAAACGUUAAAUAGAUUUAAUUUGCUGAGUGGGUGUAAAACGUAUACGCCUACCGUGAGGGAAAAGAAACCAGCCAUACAUGGAGCGAUUUUUCUUGGAGCUGUAUGCACAUACGUUUGUAAAUACAAUUGCCUUUUAAUAAAAAGAAAAUGACAACAUCUUUGUAUGAAUAUUUUUGUACAUUUUGGGCUAUAUUUCUGUACAUAUUUUACAUACCAGAUCAAUUGAUUGCAAUACUGUAUACAUAAUUUUAUUGUAUAAAAAUGCAUUUCUCUAUACCAGAUACACAAGAAUUUAUUGAUACUACUGGCAAUACAUAUGUGGGGUAUAAUAUCCAUAUAAAUGGAUUGUUCCACUGUACUGUCAGGUAUAAACAGUUGCAUAAUUUUCACGAACAGUUGGCCAAGGACUUGGACAUAUCUUUACCAUCAUUUCCACCGAAAAAAUUCUUUCCUUUAACAACAAAUCAACAAGAAGAACGUCGCUUAUCUUUAGAAAAAUACAUUCAAUCUAUUGGACAGAAUGAACUUAUUAAUAAUUCAGGAAUGUUAAAUGCAUUCUUACUAAAUGCUCAGCAUGAAACUAUAGGUGGAUUUUCUGAUAAUGAGAGUAUAGAUAUUUUCCUAAUGAAUGGAUGCAAAAUAAUAGUGAAUGUUUCAUUGGGUGACCAUACCGGAGUUGUUUUAAAGAAAGUUUAUAAGCAUCUUAAAUUGCCAGAAGAAUAUUAUCCCUAUUUUGCCUUGUUUAUUGUUGCACAGAAUGACAGUAACAGUGUUUAUUUGUUACGCAAGUUACAGAAUUUUGAAUCUCCUUUUAUCACGAAUAAACAUAUGCAUAACAUAGGUAGGAAGAUUGUACUUGGAAAAAAUUACUGGGAUGUAGCAUAUGAUCUUGAAUUGAUGAACAAUGCAGCAGCUAUGAAACUGCUUUAUGUUCAAGCUGUAUCAGAGGUUCAAAGAGGAUGGGUUAUAGCUAAAGAUGAAUUGAAAGAUUAUUUGAUUACUUUACACAAUCAAGGAAAAAAGAAGGAAUACCUGGAUGUAGUGCGUACUUUAAAAUAUUAUGGUUAUAUUCAGUUUGCUCCAUGCUUUUGUGAUUAUCCUCAAUCAGAUUCAAAAGUAUUAGUUGCUAUAGGUAGGAAUGAAUUAAAUUUGCGCAUAUUAUCUGACGAAGAACAGCGCGAAGAAGUCUUUAAUGUUUCUCAAAUGCGUUGUUGGCGAAUAACCACUGUACAGAAUGGGCUCGAGAGAUCCGAGGACAAUGAUGAUUUAAGUUUAGAAUUAUCUUUCGAAUAUUUGGUAGCUAAAAAUCAAUUACAAUGGAUUACUAUCACUUCGGAACAAGCUAUUUUAAUGUCUGUAUGUUUACAAGCCAUGAUCGAUGAAUUAUUGCUAAAACAUGCUGGUGGUAGUCGUAUUCAGGAGGUACCUGGAAAAUCAUGGACAUAUGUUAUGAGAGACGGACAAACAAUUGUAAUAGGAUCAAGUUCUGGUGAGCAAGCUGAUGAAAAUAGGAAGAGUCAAGAUACUAAAUCCGAACCGAUAAUGAAGAAAUUAGCUGAUAGAUUGUCGGCAGUAAGAAUAAAAAGAUCUGUGGAUGUUAGAGGUGGUGUAAAUAAUGCAAUUCAAAGGAAAUAUGUAUCGGAAUGUGGUAUGGAAAACAACGCAUUUCACAUGAUCGGCGAUGACGAUUUAUAAACGUAAGAAACAAUGUAUGCCUUCUGUAUAUGUAUAGUUUUUCAAAACGACUGAGCUUCCGAGAAGACAUUAUUAUAUUUUUGAUAAGAUAAACUUGUAAAUUUAUAAAACUUUCAUACGAAAUGUAAACAAAAAUUGAACUUUUUACUUAUAUAUCGAUAUUGUAACAAUUAUGCUCAAUGUACGCUUGCUUUGUCAUUAAUUUUAGUAGAGAGAAUUAUUAUAAUUAAAUUCAAUAAUUAUUUAAUCCUUUCUAAUGUCAUAAGUGUGAAUACGAGAUGUAUGUUCAUAGAAAACGAAUAAGUUAUGAGAGAACUAUAAUUGUUUACACGAUGUACUUAUGUCAGAUCUGAGAAAACAAUGGAAAUAUGUAAUGGAAGAAUUAAUUAAAUAAUUUAAAACAAAUGAAA